AUGGAUUUCAUUGAGCGUAAUAAUAGCACAAAUGGCAGCGGAAGUAGCACCGAUAGCAGCAGCAGCGAUAGCAAUGAAAGCCUAACUUUAGAUAAAGAUUCUAUCAUGGCACAACAACAAAAUUACCGUCCAUUAUCUUGUAUGCCACCUAGCAACUCGAGUCAAAAUAACAAGAAAAACUCAAUCCAAGACAGACUGAACAACAUAUUCUACACGACGUCUCCAAUGCUGGCAGAUAGUACAUCUAUGAAUGUUGCUGCAUUAACAAAGCAGCACAUGACUCGUGCCUCGCAAAUGUCCAACAGCGGAGGCACUGUAGCAUCUCUAAUGGCAAAAACGAAGCAAGUGCAACUGCCUUAUGUCAUUCAUGAUUACUCGUCUCAUUCAGGCUCAUAUCAUCCUCAACAUAUCAUGGUCAAUAAGCCGACACAGCAAGCAUCAAGGUGGUCGAGUGGAUUGCAUGAUCAUGAACAGUUUGUCACCAUCAAAUUCGAGAAACCAAUAGUGGCUCGUACCAUUACAUUCGGUAAAUUCCACAAGGGCCACGUCUGUAAUCUAAAAGAGUUCAAGGUCUUUGGUGGCAUGAAUCCUAAAGAUGACAUGAUCGAGAUUUUACACAAUGGUCUCAAGAAUGACACUGAGCCGGAGACAUUUGCGUUGAAGCACCAGCAUGGAAACAUGAUAUUCCCAGUACGAUACAUAAAAAUCGUGCCACUUUCAGCAUUUGGCGCAAAUUUCAAUUAUAGUAUAUGGUAUGUUGGUGUUCGAGGGAUAAAUCAGGACAACGUCAUUCAGCGUGUAUGCACAGAAUAUGAAAAUUUUAGAGAGACUGAAACAACUCGUUUAUGCUUGAAAUACUUUCGCCAAAAGAACAUGAUGGAUGUAUUCCACAUUUUGAAAAACAGAACCGGCGUCGAGUUGGAGCACCCUCUUAUAUCAGAACUACAUCGCUAUCUAGUCGUUGAUGCCAACUUUGCAGCCGCUGAGAAAGUCUUGGAUACAGCAUAUCAGCGCAAUAUAUACCAUCCCUACUCGGAUAGUGUCACAUACACACCCAUAUGGAGACAGAUUCAAGCUUCAGAUGAAGAUGGCGAAGCGCCUUGUGCGAGGGGUGGUCAUCAAAUGUGCAUCGACGUACAAGACAGAAUGAUUUACAUAUUCGGCGGCUGGGAUGGCAGACGAGAUUUAUCGGAUUUCUGGUGCUAUAAUAUACACAAGAAUCAAUGGACGCUACUGAGCAUGGACACCCAAAUGCAAGGCGGACCAAGUCCUCGGUCAUGCCACAAGUUAUGUCUUGAUCCAGUCAGUAGAUCCAUAUUUGUUUUGGGCAGAUAUGUGGAAUCUCCACCAAACGCAAGCCAGACAUUGGAGUCUGAUUUCUAUCGCUAUUACAUUGAAUUUGAUCAAUGGGUAAAGAUCAAUGAAAAUACGUCAGAAGCAGGCGGCCCAGAGUUGAUUUACGAUCAUCAAAUGUGUGUGGAUCCUGAGGGCGAAAUGUUGUAUGUGUUUGGAGGUAGAACAGUUACUGGAGACACCAAUAUACAAAACUACAGCGGAUUUUAUUCAUUUAAUAUCAAAACUAGUCAUUGGGAGCUUGUGAGAAAUGACGACCUGAAGCCUUCUGCAACAGUGGAUGCAAUGAAACAAACCUCAGCAUUAUUGAAAUCCCGGGUUGGUCAUUCUAUGUUAUUUGACCAGAGCAAUAGAUCGUUAUACGUGUUUGCUGGCCAGCGAGGAAAGGACUAUUUGUCUGAUCUCUAUCGAUAUCAGGUGGAUACAGAUUUUGUUACAGAGAUUGUUCAAGAUUACUCCAAAGAUGCUGGCCCCGAUGCAGGUUUUACUCAACGAGCGACGAUAGAUGAAGACUUGCAGGAGCUGUAUGUAUUAUCAGGAUACAUGCGCAACUCUGGUGGCGAUGUUGUCAGAAACACACUCUGGGUCUAUUCUAUCAAAAGAAACGAAUGGCAAAAGGUGUUUCAGAAUGAAAACAGAGAUUCUGAAUGUUGGGGACGCAGCAGCAAGCUUGAGCCAGGUCCUCGGUUUGCACACCAGAUGGUAUAUGACCCUGUCAGCAAGAGACAGUAUAUAUUCGGCGGUAAUCCAGGCGACAAUACAGACACGACAAAGCGAUUAGACGAUUUCUGGGAACUUGUGCUGUCAAAACCAGAUCCCUCCUCCAUCUUGCGAAAGAGCUACUACAUGAUUCGAAUGCAGAGGUUAAAGGAACUAUGUAGCAAAAUAUGCAAUCGGCAACGCCAUCACACUGAUGAAGACAAUGCUGACACAAUGAUUGCGUUGGAAUACCUGAGAAAUCAAGUUGCACCCGUUGUCAAUCAUGAGAACGAAGUAGAAUCAAACGAAUUCCAUCAAAUCUGUGCCAAUUUAUGCUUACUAGAGACAUUGAAUGAUGACGGGGAGCAAGACGAUGGCAGAGACUCCUUCAUUUUCGAUAUUGUUAAAUCAGAAGAUGCUUUGUAUCUAGAAAGAACCAAGUUAUUUGAGAAGUUAUUAGAAUACAUUCCUCAAGAUAUGAAAGAGCCUUUGGGAAAACUAACAAAUGCUGUCAGGAUGGUAUAA